CGUCCCGCAGCGCUCCGCUCCCGCCUGCUUCGCCGGGCCCCGCUGGCCGCGGAGAUGGGCGACAUGGAGUCCUACAAGGUGAUGCUGAAUGGGCCGGCACCCUGGGGUUUCAGGCUGCAGGGAGGGAAGGAUUUCAGCAUGCCGCUCUCCAUCUCCAGGCUGACUCUGGGUGGGAAGGCAGCCCAGGCCGGCGUGGGAGUGGGCGACUGGGUGCUGUACAUUGAUGGGGAGAGUACCAGUGCCAUGACACACAUCGAGGCCCAGAACAGGAUCCGUGCUUGUGGGGACAGGCUCUGCCUCACCUUGAGCAGAGCCCAGAACCAGCUGGGGAAGCCACAGAAGGUGCUGAGCCUUGACAAGCAGCCCCCACAGCCUCUGGAGCCCCCCAGUACCCCUGGGUGUGAUCCUGGGAAGUUGCGGAUGUUAGAGGACGCUGAGGACUGGCAGCCCCGCACCGGGACCUCCCAGUCCCGCUCCUUCCGCAAACUGGCCCAGCUGACGGGCACAGAUGGCAUGGAGGAUGGUGAGGAUGAGAUUGUUAAAAAGCCUAGAGCCAAGCUGUUGGCAGAGCCACAGGCUCUGCCCUGUGCUCACACCACAAAAGCUCUGUCCUCUGUCACUCACAGGCAGCCCCCGCAGCUGCUGGAGCCCCCCAUUGACACUGUGUGUGACCCUGUGAAGCUGAGGAUGUUAGAGGACAUUGACGACUCAAAGCCCCACACCUGGACCUCCCAGUCCCGUUCCUUCCGCAAACUGGCCCGGCUGGUGGGAGCAAACAGCAUGGAUGAUGGUGAGGAAGAGCCUGUUAAAAAGCCCAGGGAUUCCCAUGGCUCCAGCUGGGGCACAGUGGAGCAGCGGCAGCCUCUGGAGCCCCCCAGUACCCCUGGGUGUGAUCCUGGGAAGUUGCGGAUGUUAGAGGACGCUGAGGACUGGCAGCCCCGCACCGGGACCUCCCAGUCCCGCUCCUUCCGCAAACUGGCCCAGCUGACGGGCACAGAUGGCAUGGAGGAUGGUGAGGAUGAGAUUGUUAAAAAGCCCAGGGAUGCCCAUGGGUCCAGCUGGGGCACGGUGGAGCAGCGACAGCCCCCGCAGCCUCUGGAGCCCCCCAGUACCCCCGGGUGCAACCCUGGGAAGCUGCGACUGAUAGAGGACGCUGAGGACUGGCAGCCCCGCACUGGGACCUCCCAGUCCCGCACCUUCCGCAAACUGGCCCAGCUGACGGGCACAGACAGCAUGGAGGAUCAUGAUGAUGUGUUUGUUAGGAAGCCCAGCCAGGUCUCCGUGCCGGACCCAUCCCCGUCCCCAGGAGCGACAAUGAAGACUGAGCCAGGACUGGCCCCCAGGACCCCCAGUGCCACCCCCAGCCCCACCAGCCGCCCACCCUGGGCUGUGGACCCGUCGUUUGCCGAGCGCUACGCCCCGGACAAGACGAGCACGGUGGUGAGCAAGCACAGCCAGCCGGCCACACCCACCCCCAUGCAGAACCGCAGCUCCAUCGUGCAGGCGGCCCAGCAAGCCCCCGAGGGACCUGGCCGCACCCCCCUGUGCUACAAGUGCAACAAAGUCAUCAGGGGACGGUACCUCGUGGCGCUGGGACAUUAUUACCACCCCGAGGAAUUCACCUGCUGCCAGUGCAGGAAGAUGCUGGAUGAGGGUGGCUUCUUUGAGGAGAAAGGCUCCAUCUUCUGCCCCAAGUGCUAUGACACGCGCUAUGCACCCAGCUGUGCCAAGUGCAAGAAGAAGAUCACUGGGGAGGUGAUGCACGCACUGAAGAUGACCUGGCACGUGCAGUGCUUCACCUGCAACGCCUGCAAAACUCCCAUCCGCAACCGAGCCUUCUACAUGGAGGAGGGACAGCCCUACUGCGAGAGAGACUAUGAGAAGAUGUUUGGCACCAAGUGCCGCGGCUGUGACUUCAAGAUUGAUGCUGGGGACCGAUUCCUGGAGGCGCUGGGGUUCAGCUGGCAUGACACUUGCUUUGUCUGUGCGAUCUGCCAGACCAACCUGGAAGGGAAGACAUUCUACUCCAAGAAGGACAAGCCACUGUGCAAGAGCCAUGCUUUCUCCCACGUGUGAAGAGUGGGAAUUCAGCCGUGCCCACACAUGCCCCUGGCCCUGCAUGCUCCUCUGCCCCUGCUCUGCUUGCCCCAGGGAGCGAGGUUGGGCCCUCGGCCCUUUCCCUUGCUCCUGCCUCUUUCCUGGCGGCUCCUGGCUCAACUCCAGACAGAUACAGUGCUGGGUCCAGAGCCUGUUAUAGCUGGGUGGGUUCUUAUAUGCUUCUCAACUGGCCCUAGGAGCCCUGGGAAGGGGAUGCUGCAUGGAUCUCCUGCCCCUGAGCCACGCAGCAAUGGAUGAGCACAACCAGGCUGAGGCUGGAAUUGCAGGGGGUCUGCCACAGCUAGGCUACUCCUUUGCUGCCUGACACCUCAGUGCUGGGGCAGGGAUACUUCUUACACAUCCCUGAGUGGGUGAGGACCAGCUCCUGUCUCACUCCCCUACCUUCCCUGCUGUGUGCUUGGGGCUGGAGACCCAGCCCUGGUCCCCGGCUGGGGCCCUGCCCAUGAGAACCCACCAGCCACCCCUCAAACUGCUGUGGUGGCUUCCUGCCACAGUUACAUUUUGGGAGCGUCUGUGCCUCAUACCCCCCACCCUGCUUCUCCUCUGGGGCUGGCAGCACCCUGAGCCCAGCGUGGCCAAACUGUGGGCUGGCAGCGUGUGCUGAUGGCCAGCCCAGCCAGACAGCUGCUCCUGCAAGGCUUGGGCACAGCUUCCUACCAAAGAGCUCUCUCCCACAGCCAUCCUGGGGCCAUCGAUGCCUCCCCCAACCCACACCCUCCGGUCAGGCUGCACUGAUGUAGCCACGGUGCUUUUAGUGCCUUUAAUAAACACAUCUCUGCAAGUGC